AUGGGCUUUUUCUCGUCGAACAGGACUGAGCCGUCCGAGCGAUCCACCGAGGCAAAGUCUGUCACGCAUGUCAUCCGCUCGCGAUUCUAUGGCUCGCGAAAGGGCAAGGCGCGCGAGCUAGAUCCCCAGCAAGAAAAGGCCGUUCCUAAUCCUUCCCCCGACGACGCUGCACCCGCCCUCAGGCAGUCCGUCCGCGCGCGUCCGCCGACAGACAGAAAUACCCUUUAUACCCCCGCAUCUGAUCCUCGCCCUCCUAAAUCUGGCACCCGUUCCUCCGCUGAUGCCCUUACGAUGACGCUCGCCCAGCGACUGAACGAGCUCUCCGUCGCCAAUUCGGAAGGUCUGCUGGACGACGAUGAAUACCGCCUCCUGCGCCAGAAUCUCUUUGAACGCUUCUCGAGCGGGACAGCCGUGCCCACCGAGGCCCCGGUCAUCCGUCUCAAUGCAGGUCAGAAUCAUACACGAAACACUGCCCAUAGUCGCACUGCUACGACUUCAUACGCUGGGUCGUCCCGAGCCCCAUCAAUACAGUCCAAGACUUCUGUCUCCUCCACCGUGACGAGCAUCUUCCGACGCGCUACUGGUCGACGUUCUGCGUCCUCACCUGCCUUCGAUCAGAGCGACACCACCAGCGUCUUCUCUCAUGCUUCCAAGUCUUCUUCAUGGAAUCUCAGUCGCAAAGUCUUCGCGAGUUCUUUCUAUCGUAAUGGGAGUCAGGUUUCAUUACAGGCUGAGAGCUCUCGCGGUCCGUUUGACUCGAGGUCUAUCGCGUCCCGCCGGAAUGGCGAAAGCUCGCCUAUCACCGCCUUCACCCCGCACCCAAGCCAGACCUCAUCCGCAUCUCUAUCUCGGUCAGCCACUCGGAGUAACAGGCGUCUUGGCGGGGGCGCACCACCAUCUUCUUUCCCUGGCCGAUCGACCAUGACGGAGCCUCGACGUUCCUUAGGUGAUGUUGACGGCACGUUUGACGACGAACAUCUGGACUCGGCGAAAGAUAUCCGCGCCGAGAUCGAGCAAGUCGAGGCAGAGGGAAGAAGGCUGCUCGACGCGUUCAAUGGGCUAGAGCUGAGUACCCUGACGAAACGGCACCGACGCGUGCCCACCCUGACUUCCCUGACCGCUGGCGACCCCAACGACGUCGGAGAGCUGAACGAAAGCCUGCAAUCGAAGUGGACGAUCGUGCCCGAGGGGAGGUCUGGCUUACGGAGCGACAACGACGGCAUGUCCGUGCAUUCUGGGAGAUCCGUGGGCACGACGAUGUCAGGACCCCGUUCCAUGAAAUCAGGAAGAGCGGGGCGCAUGCUCCCCACCUCGGGCCCCGCCCCGCACUCUGCACCGAUCACGCGGAAGAGCUCCUUAUCGUCGGUUUCAUCCCGAGGGACGAACCUCGCGAGCCAGAGCCACAGCCCCGUGCCGCCUGUGCCCGGACUGCCGAACGUUCACCGCAAAGAGUCCGUCGUGCACAUUUCGAAGAGCAACGGUCAACUGAGACUAGCGCCGGUGGAAGAAGCGGGCGGCCACUUCCUGUCCGUGAGCGACGGGGCGAGCGACGUCUCGCGGACAUGGUCGGACGCGAGCGGCGGGGACGCGCAUCGCCGCCCCAGGCGGGCAGUCAGCGACGAGGACGCGGAGCUGCGCGCGAUGGAGAAGGAGCUGGGCGACAUACGGCGGCGCAGGGGGGAGGUCACGGCGCGGUACGAGGCGCGGCUGGAGUACUUGCGGGCCAAGUUGAAGGCGGCGGAGAUUCGGGAGAAGCUGCUCAGGUCUUGAGGUACUGACGACGUAUUAUAGUUUUAAUUUUCUAAUAGCAGUAGCAUAGCUAGUAACAUAUAUACCGGCAACUUAUGAUAGGAGGCCGGCUGAUUCCGAGUUGCCGGUAGUUCCCAUUGCAGGUCGUCGA